AUGCCGCCGUCGAUUGCCCCGAGCAAGGUGAGCAAUGGACAGCAGCCAUCUGUGAAACCCAGCAAAGGGGUGCCGCGACCAAGUUGCAAGCCUGGUGCUACUACACAGUCCGAUCAGUCUGAUGUUCCUCACCCUCUGCGAGGGCCAUACGGGGACCAUACGGCGACAUUGCAUACAGCUGACGACGGCCCACAGCCAGGACCGAGCUGGACAAGGCAAGACUGGGACAGCAAGCAUCAGCCAACAUCAGCAUCUGCAGCGUGGAUUUCUGUGCCUGAAGACUCCACACUGGUGUUGCAGGGCUACGUGGAGACUGGUCCUGUCGUUCAGCAUGAAGCUGAGAACCAAGACUUGUUGAGCGACUCAAAUGGCAUCCUCUACGGGUUGGCGGGAGAAGCGUUUGACAACAUCACUUUUCAGCACGACCAUGACUGGUCCCAGUUUCCAGAGGUCGGGAAGUGCGCGAAGGACGCGGGCUAUGAAGAGUUGGCCAUGUGCCUGGCAGUUUGUCCGGCCCUUUCGAUUUGGGCUGUAGGCAUGGCGGGUCAGCAGCGCAAGAGACUGCAAGCUGCAAGGCUUGCGUUGUGCGUGGCCUUGGCUGCAAUGCCCAACACCCCAAUUGAUGAAGCUUUCUAUAGGAAUCCAUCUUUCAAAGAUUUCUGCCAGAAAGCAAGAAUUAAUGUCGAGGAAUCUUCGCCAGCGCCUGCAGCUUCAUCCGGUGGGCGCCGACAGAAGUGGAGCAGGCAAUGGACCCGGAAGAAGACCAAUGGUUACAGCCAGGCCACUUGGGGCAACGAGAGUGGCAACGAGCACAAGGAACCUCUAGGAGCAUAUGAGGAAGAUGUUCAAGAGGAAGAAGAACAAAAUGAUGGGAAAUGUCAGGGGGAGCACCAAAGUGGCGAAGCUGAGGUGCCUCAAGAGACAGAUGAGGCUAUAGAUGACCUCCUGUCAAAAGCGAAGGCUGGAGCUGUGGAGGCCCAGGUGGCCGACAUCGAGUCUCCAAAGGUUGAAGAGUUUGAAGAAUCGAAAGAUCCGCAGGCGGAGGCGGCCGAGGAGUUUGAGGAUGUGGAAGCAGAGGGCGAGGAAGAGGCCUACUAUCCACCUGCCAAGCGAAUGCGGCAGAAGGAACCGAAGCGAGAGGAAUUGAAGGAACCGAAGGAACCGAAAGAACCACUGAAGCGGGAAACGCCGCACUGGCUCUUUGUGGAAGAGCUGCCAGAUCUGCUUCAGGGACUUCAGCAGGAGACCCUCGUGCUGGCAUCAGAUGGAACUCAGAGGAGAGGAAUGUACAAUCAAGCAGACAAAGCUUUGACUGCGAUGCUUGGUGACCUGUCAGAUGAGAUCGUUUGCCACGACGACCCCAACUGGCAGAAAUUUCCUCAGGUUGGAGAAGAAAUAAAAAACCUGUCAGAUGAGGAGGAAUGCUUGUGUGUAGCUACUUUGCCACCAAGACGCCUUUGGGGCGUCGGUGUGGCCACGAAGAGCCAAGUGCGACAGAAAGCGGCCAAAUUGGCUCUUGCAGCGCUUAUUGCAUUUCAGAUGACAGAGAGUGGGGAGGAGAUUCCAGAUUUGUCACGGACCACAGCAGUUGCGGACUUCUUAGAGGAGGCUCGUGCAGCAAAAGACGAUUUGUGGCAAUCGACACUAGGAGACAGGGCAUGA